UAGGGUUCUUGGGCGAAUGCCGCGGUACACGACGUCCCAGACCUACACAGAGGGCAACACCCAGGUAGUGACACUCGCCAGCACUAGAGGCGAUGGCAAGGCGCUGGUCCCAGCCUCGGAGCCGGCGAUCCCAGAGAUCCCGGCCGAGGACGAAGACCUCGAGAUUAAGCUCCGGCGGAUCACGGAGCAAGUUCCCGUGCGCAUCAGCAACACAUCUGGGAGCUCCGCUGGGUCUGGCUCGGGAGAUUUCCACCAGUACCGGCAGAUGAGACGCAGGGAGCAGGAUCGCCUGGCGCGGAUGGAGGCGGAUUAUCAGAGGAAGAAGGAGCAGACGGAGUUUGCGAUUCGUCGCGAAGCCCGGCUCAAAGAGGCCGAGGAGCGAACGGCCAAGAGGAGGGCAAAGAGGCUAAAGAAGAAAGAAAAGAAGAAGCAAAAGAAGGACAAGGCGGUGAAAGAGCCAGGCGUGGAGGAGGCGGACAAGGCGAAAGACGCAAACGCUGGAGAAUCCAGCUCCGACUCAGAGGCCGAGUAGUAAGGAAAGGUGCUAGUUUAUUUCCUUCUCAAAGCGGAACUUUGAAUAUAUAGCUCAAAGUCAGGCAAGCUUUGGAGCUUUGUCACUUAACCUUCGUAUUUUUCUCUCUUUGUUAAGAUCGAUGCCCAGAUGCUUGAUCCUGGCACAAUGGUAAAAAA